ACUGCCUCAGGCCCAAUGGCUUUAUCGUAAAAUGCGGCAACGCUAGAGAGAAACCUAGAUCACCAACAUAAAGGUCGAGCGACGGCGCAGCCAUUUCGUAGCUUCUCGUGGUCGCCGUGCUUUCUGUUACUCCAAGAUGUCGAAGCGAGGUCGCGGAGGAACGGCGGGUAACAAGUUCCGGAUGUCUCUGGGUCUGCCGGUGGCCGCCACGGUGAACUGCGCUGAUAACACCGGAGCGAAAAAUCUUUACAUCAUCUCCGUCAAGGGGAUCAAGGGCCGCCUCAACCGUCUGCCUUCGGCCUGCGUCGGGGACAUGGUUAUGGCGACUGUCAAGAAGGGGAAGCCUGAUCUCCGGAAGAAGGUCAUGCCCGCUGUAAUCGUUCGUCAGCGCAAGCCAUGGCGCCGAAAGGACGGCGUCUACAUGUACUUUGAAGACAAUGCUGGAGUGAUCGUCAACCCCAAGGGAGAAAUGAAAGGAUCUGCUAUUACUGGACCAAUCGGAAAGGAAUGCGCAGACCUGUGGCCAAGGAUUGCAAGUGCAGCAAAUGCAAUUGUGUAAUUCGAUGAUGCUUUGGAUCAACAGCUGAAAUUUUAGAGUUAUGUUUCACUUCUCAACAAAUAGUUUGGCAUUGAAGGUUCUUUGGAUUAGCUGUUGAGCAGCUCUCAUUUCUAAAACUCUGUAUAACUGAUUCUAUAUACUUUUUGAUGAUUGUGUCAUUUGGAUUUUGAGUUCCUACUUCUUAGUUACACUUAUACUUAAUAA